AUGACAAACAAAGCAUAUCUCAGGAUUGGUACAAUGUUUCGACGCAAGAUGGCGCGAGUGCUACUACUAAUGAUGGCUGUCGUUACGGUGGCGGCGGGAGCUUCCACCUCUGACGAAGAGGUGGCGCUAGCAAAUAUCACCAGGUCCGCAAGUGGAGAUUAUUUCUCGCUGAAAGGAUCAGACUGUGGGCCCACGCGUUGCAUGGAGGCUUCUCAUGGAACUGCCCUCUCAGCAAUCGGUGGUGCUGGUGACAGUGGCUGCCGCUGCCAAUGUCGUCGGGACACUCCCGCUUUUCGGGAGGAUCAGCACAUAUGCGUCAAUCAUAUUGAUGAAUGUCUGAUGGCAAGCUUCGGCCGUGGCGCGACGAAACCUCAAAUCCCCUUCGUUUUUUUACCGCUGAAAGGACAAAUCAUUUACCCGUCGAAAGAAAUUAUUUUUACUGAUGUAGAAGACGCAAUAUGCGCUGUGACAAGCGCUCAGUACCUGUCGCCCUCUGGAUGGGUGACCCUUCGCGACCUAAUCGACAACGACGUCCCCUUCGGUUUAUACCGAGACGAGGGGAGCACUUUCCUACAGUGGCGCGGGUCAGCGACAUUGCACGCGAGAUUGGAGGGACGUUUGGUCGCCGCUCAUGUUCUAUGUUCCUCGUCCACUCCCUCACGGCUUGUUGCCAGCUGCGCAGCAUUCCGCAUAGCAGGUGCAACCCAAAACGCUUUACUCGAUGUACGUUCAAUACCCUUCCACGCUGGCGAGCUAAUUACAUCGGAAUCAACGUCGCAAAAUCAGGGGCUCAGUGUUCUGGAGGCUUUAGCCAUUGGGGUGUGCGUGCUGCUACUGAUUUUCGUUUAUGCAGCUGGAAUUAUUUUCUAUGUUCAUUACAAGCAGAGGCAAAAGCGCAAAGAAAAGGACCCGGAACAAAACCAUGCAAAUACUAUGUCCACAGAUAACGGGUCUAUGGAAUCACGCAUCGAUAUGAGCAAUGUGAUGUUGAAAACCAAUCCCUUGUUAAAACUGAAUGGUAUGGGUGGUGAUUUCCUGCAUGACACGGGUUUUUCUGAUGGCAGUGAACGUAACGAAGAUACUCUUGACUCAUCCUCUAAUAACACACACACGCAUAAUUCUAUGCACAAGUUCCAGAAAUUAAAUGCCAACUCAGUGAUAUCUGCAAUGGUGCACUCAAGGAGGAAAAAGACUCUCAGGCCAUCUAUAAGAAAUGCAAGUUCACCAGAGCCAAUGAAUGAACGUGUCCAAAGGCGAUCAGCAUCACCUGAUACUCUAGAAAGAGCCCCACAUUCUGAACUGUCAAUUGUAGAUUGUACAAUGGAAAAUAAUAACUACAACGCAAACCGACAACUGCCACCUUCAAAUGGGGAUUCUUCGUAUAGAAAGAAAUUGUAUUUCAAUCCAGUCUUUUUCGAAACCGAACUUCUGAAGAAUCCACCACCAGCUGCAAUAGAAUUCUUGAUUAAAAUUCGAGAAGUUAUGUCAGUCGCUAAAGAAAAGAUGACAUCGAAACGAUUCAUCCCAAUACUAUCUGAUAUACCGGAGGAAGAUAUGUACCAUGCUGUAGAUCUAGGAUGGGACAUACCCUGCGCACGACGUGGUCGUAGAUUUAGUGCAAUAAGCCUUAAACAAGAGAACAGUCGCAAGACUGCCGUCUGUGGAGGAUGUCCAGGCUGCGAUAGUAAAGCAAAACCACAUAAGGUAGCUCUUACGAGAUCUAACUCUUGCAAGUCAUGUGUAAGUGAAGAUUAUAAACAAAGAAUAGUUAGAAAAUGGCUUGAUGAAGUGCCGUUGCCUACCAAUAAUGCUAAACCAAUGAAAUCUGUGGCAAAGGUUAAUGGAACUCCAAGAGUUAUAGAGCCUCCAAAGAAAGAAGAGCCGCGUCCUAAAUCUGAUGGAACAGUUAAAAAUGAGACAACGAAACCGAAGAUCACUGAAACAAAGCUUAAAGCAGAAAAGAAAUCCAAGAUUAUUGAAACCAAACCCAAAGUUUCGGAAAGUAAACCUAAGACUACGGACACUAAACCAAAAGUCACUGAAAUAAUAGCUAAAGAGAAUAUGCGGGACAUUGAUUCUAAAGAAAACUUUACUAAAGAACUUAACUUACAAGAAAUGAAAAUAAUCAGUAAACCAAUUAAUCCAAAAGAAAUUGAGAUCAUCAGAGUAACUACAGUUCCAGACCUCAAUGGGUUGAACAACCUUGUAAAUAUCAAUGAAGCUGACAAAAUACCAAAACCUGCUACUCCAACUCCUCCCCAAGAAAAGAAGAGUCCGUCAAGUCACACAUCUCGACGAAUUAGAAAGAAACUUCCACCACCACCACCUCCCCCCGCCGUUCCGCCAGAACUUCCUAAAGGAGAUGAUGAAGAGGCACCAAUACCACCCGAAGUCAAAGUAAAGAUGGAAGCAGUUAUACGUGAGCUGAAUACUUGCAGACGUGUAGAGCCAAUAGAGAUAGAAGAAAUGAAACUGGAAACUAUCGCUCCAAUUGCACCUAAAAUAGUUAUACCCGUAAUAGCAGCCGAUAACCACUACUACAGUGAUGACAAUACGCUCUCCACAAGAAAGAAAAAGCAAAUUUAUGGCAGUCAAGAUAACUUUAUGGAGUUUGAUAGUUUGGAGCGUAACAUGCUUAAGAGGCGCAGAUUCUCAGUCGCUUGUGGACCAGAGUUAUUCCAUAAUGAUAGAUUUGAACAUGGUCACAAUUUGUUAGACACUAGAGAACGGCUAACAAGUAGCUGGCUAGACGUUAAGAAGACUGAAAAUCCUCCAGUUGUAAAUCAAAUCAUAACAACGAACGAAGUAUUUAUUCAAAGCAUGGAACCUACGUAUAAUAAUCUUGAUGAUCUAUCAAAGCCUGGUCCAUUAACCAUACAAGUCCGCGGUUCUCCGAUAGAAAGUCGGCGCAAUUAUAACAAAGAUGAUUUUGAUCCGGACACUCUUGACAGGCGUGAUACAAAGAAACGUGUAGAGAAAAUACUGCUGAAGUCAGCCGGCAGCUUCAAGUACAAGUCGACGUCAUCAGAGAGUGAAUCAUGCAGGAAAUCACCAAUAGCUAUCACGACUCGAAAGAUUGGCAAUCUGAGACAAAUAUACGAAGCUAAGGCAAAGGCACAAGAAGAAGAAAUGAAGUUCUAUAGCAGACGUGGAAGCGUUACAUAUGGUCAAGAUCUGUCCGCAUUUAUUAGAUCUGGUAAGACUCCAGAUCUGAUCAGACACAUUGAGGGACAAAAGGAUCCUAAACCUCCGAUACCACCAAAACAACGCCGAGGUUCUGAGUUCUACAGUUCUACCCGAGAAAGUCCACCUGGAGAUCGCCGUAGAAUGUUAGAAGACAGGGACAAAUUCUCCCAAUACACCAGACUUGAUAAUUUGAACGCUCGACGAUCCGGACGUCGAUCUGCCAGGACUAGAUCACGAAGAACUGAUAUUAGAAAACUAUACAGAACCGAAGACUCUGGAUACAUGAGUACAGACUCAAAUGAAUCGAAAUGUAGAGCGCGUUACUUGAUGCAAUUGAGACCCGUGAAGACCAUUGUGCCAGAUCCUAUUCCAGUUCCAGCCACUCGAACUACUGUUGUGAAAACAUCUGUUCUGCAAAUAGAAUCCGACACUGAUGAUUUGGAAUCGCUAUGUGAUGGAAGAAGUGAAUCAGGUGGUGAGAGUGUCGAAACGGAUUCAGUCUUCUUUGGCAAUUUCGAUGAUUCGAAAGAGAUGUUUGCUGAAUUGGGUCUGAGUGCUUUUGAGCCUCAAAAUAAGAUGAUGCAGAGUCACGAACAGAUUGAUUCAGGGUUUAUGGGAGAGACCAAUAUAAUUUUAAGUGGAGACAGCGAUUCAGAGCAUAGGAGUGUGAUAUCUAUUAUGACUGGGCACGAUGGCAGAGCUUCAGCUGCCUCAAUUAGCAAAUUAGACGAAGCACCUUAUAUGCAUACCAUAGAGUGUUGA